AAUUCAUUUUCAUUCUUCGAAGAUUCAACAUUCACUGUCGAAAAUGGAUACCCCCUCGAGCUCGGCAGACGUGGUUAAUGACCAUCACUACAGACUGGUCUAUUUCAGCAAUGAGCUGCCAUCUGACGAGCAGAUUGGAGCUCACUUGCGCCGUCUCCAAGCCUUGAGCAAGGACAGAAGACACCCAAUUCUGAAGGCUUUCCUGGAAGAUGCCACAGACGUGCUUCGCCAGGAGCUGCGGAAAUUGCCUUCCAAUCUUCUUUCCCUGAUCGCCCCGUUUGAAAGUAUUAUCGACUUUGCGUACCAGUUUGGACUGCGUACUGGGCCAUUCGGGGGAUCUACCGAGGGUGUCUUCGCGUGUUUGAUCCAGCUAGGCACAUACAUCAGCUACCAUGAGUGCCCUACGAACGACCCUCUCACCUCCCCUGAUGGAACCCUUGUGGCUCUCGGGUCAGGAUUGCUGGCUGCCGCGGCUGUCUCAUUUGCCUCUCGCUUGCCGGACCUUGUGAAGCUCGGUUCUGAGGCAAUCCGUAUUGCUUUCCGGAUGGGACUUCAUGUCGACCAAGUUUCGCAGAGACUCGAGUCUCGUCGAGCCGAGGGACCAGCAGAGAGCUGGGCAUAUGUGUUCUCGGGGUUGUCAGAAGACGAGGUGCGGAAGGAAUUGGUGAGCAUGAAUGCGUCUCUGAAUUUCCCAACACCGAGCCAAAUCUUCGUUAGCGCUGUUAGCCCCGGCUCCGUCACCAUCAGUGGCCCUCCCUCGCGCCUUAAGACCCUUGUGCGCUCCUCUGAGCUGCUACGCUAUGCCAAAUGGGCUCCUUUGCCCAUCUUUGCCGGCCUUUGCCACUCAGCCCACGUUUACACCCACACUGAUGCUGAGGCCAUCGUGAGUGCCACGAAGCUCCCAACAAACUCAUCUUACGUUCUUCACACGCCUCUGCUCUCGACUAGGGACGGAAGAUCCUUCGCUGCACAAACGCCCGCCCAACUCUUUGAGGAUGUUAUAUUCGAGCUGCUCACGGGAACUAUUCGCUGGGAUACAGUUACAGCGACUCUUCAUGAUCGCGUGGCGCUUCAGUUCGUGCCUGAAGUCUCUGUAAAGGCUUUGGGCGCACCUAAUGCUCUCAAUGGCUUCAAUGAGGCUGUUCAGGCCCAUGCGGAUCCGGUCCGAGUUAAUACAGAGGAUGUUCUAACGCAAAGCCUCGCUACUCCUCUACCUGAGCGCGCCCCUCGCGACCCCAAAGACUCUAAGAUUGCCAUCGUUGGCAUGAGCUGCCGCCUUCCUGGAGGUGCUGUAUCCAACCAGAGUUUCUGGGAUCUGCUCGAGAAGGGGCUCGACGUUCAUCGACGCAUCCCCGCGGACCGCUUCGAUGUCAACACGCACUGGGAUCCUACUGGACAGAACCCGAACGCAAGUAAGACACCAUUCGGGUGUUUUAUUGAUGAUCCGGCCCUCUUUGAUGCCGGCUUCUUCAACAUGUCGCCCCGGGAGGCGGAGCAGACGGACCCUAUGCACCGUUUGGCCCUUGUCACCGCUCAUGAGGCCCUCGAGCAGGCUGGUUUCGUGCCCAACCGCACGCCUUCGACUAAUCUUGAGCGUGUUGGUGUCUUCUAUGGCCAGGCAAGUGAUGAUUACCGUGAAGUCAACGCAGGCCAGGAGAUCGGAACGUACUACAUUCCCGGCGGAAACAGGGCUUUCGCGCCCGGACGGAUCAACUACUUCUACAAAUUUGGUGGUCCCAGUUUCAGUUGCGACACCGCGUGCUCUUCUAGUCUGGCUACCGUCCAGAUCGCCUGCACAACGCUGUGGAGCGGCGAUGCCGAUAUGGUCAUCGCGGGGGGCGUCAACGUCCUCACAAACUCGGACGGUUUUGCCGGUCUCUGCAAUGGCCAUUUCCUCACGCAGACUGGUAACUGUAAGACAUGGGAUGCAAGUGCUGAUGGAUACUGCCGUGCAGACGGUAUCGGAUCGGUUGUCAUGAAGCGUCUCGAGGAUGCCAUUGCAGACAACGACAACAUCCUCGCCACCGUGUUAUCAGCGGCGACGAAUCAAUCCGCCAAAGCCGUGUCGAUUACUCACCCCCAUGCUGGCGCUCAGGCAAGUCUCUACCAGCGUGUCAUGGACCGUGCUGGUGUCGAUCCGCUCGAUGUCAGCUAUGUCGAGCUGCACGGUACCGGCACACAAGCCGGUGAUGCGACAGAGAUGGAGUCCGUCACGACUGUGUUUGCUCCUAUGGGCCCUCGUCGGCGCACAGAGCCGCUGCAUAUCGGUGCUGUCAAGUCGAACAUUGGCCACGGGGAGGCGGCAGCAGGAAUUGCGGCGCUGAUCAAGGUGCUGCUGAUGUACCGAAAGCGGUCUAUUCCUCCGCAUACAGGUAUCAAGACGGAGCUGAGCCCAGCGCUGAAGAAGUUCCUCGACAAGAAACGCAACAUUCACAUCGCCCUUGAGCAGACGCCUUGGACUCCUUUGUAUAACUCGCGGUAUGCAGUGGUCAACAACUUCAGUGCUGCAGGAGGCAACACAACCAUGCUUCUCGAGGAGGCACCGGUCAAGGAGAUCCAGGAUGUUGACGAUCGUGAGAAGCACGUUGUGGCAGUGUCUGCCAAGAGCAAGGUUUCGCUAAAAGGAAAUCUAGAGGCGCUUCUGGUGUAUCUCGAGGAAAAUCCGGAGACCUCACUGAGCGACCUCGCAUACACCACCUCUGCCCGUCGUAUGCACUACAACCACCGCAUUGCCUUUUCUGCUUCAUCCAUUGACCAGGUGAAGAAGCAACUACGGUCUCACAUCGACUCCGAGGAGCAGGUUCGCCCGGUCCCGUCAAACCCACCAGCUGUGGCCUUCGCCUUCACCGGUCAAGGUGCAUUCUACCCCGGCAUGGGUGCCCAGCUCUACCACAGCGUCCCGUCUUUCCAUGAGCACCUCACGCACCUUGAUAGACUCUGCCAACAACAUGGAUUCCCAUCAAUUCUCCCGGUAAUCGAGAACGGGGGCGACGAGGCGCAGGAAGAACCCGCCCCCAUUGUCACCCAGCUCACCAUUACUUGUCUCGAGAUUGCCCUGACCAAGUACUGGGCCUCGCUUGGCAUUACACCCAGCGUCGUCGUCGGCGCAAGUCUGGGCGAGUACCCCGCCCUACACGCCGCAGGCGUGCUCUCUGCCAGCGACACCAUCUUCCUCGUCGGCCAGCGCGCGCAGCAGCUGGAGAAGCACUGCCAGCUGCGCAGCCAUGGCAUGAUGGCUGUACGUGCCAGUGUCGAGCAGAUUGCGGAGUGUUUGGUCAACCAGCCCUACGAGGUCGCCUGUAUCAACGCACCCCAGGACACCGUCAUUGACGGACUUCAGGCCGACAUCGCCUCUGCGCGGGAGAAACUUCAGGCACAAGGGUACAAGUGUCACCAACUCGACGUGCCCUAUGCCUUCCAUUCGUCGCAAAUGGACCCCGCUCUAGACUCGUACGAGCAGAUUGCUUCAUCGGUCACUUUCCAUGCGCCACAGGUGCCCAUUAUCUCGCCGCUGCUCAGCGACGUCGUCUUUGAUGCGAAGACCAUCCACGCGAAAUACAUGAGGCGGGCAACGCGUGAGCCGGUCAACUUUGUCGGCGCUCUGCAGGCCGCGCAGGAGAUCGGAAUUAUCGAACACAACACCGUUUGGGUUGAAGCUGGGCCGCACCCGGUUCUUGUCUCGUUCAUCCGCAACUGUCUCCCCGAGGUCAAGCGAUUGGCACCGACGUUGCGGCGCAACGAGAACAACUGGAACACGCUGGCGGAUAGUUUGGCUGGAUUGCACAGUGAUGGCCUCACCUUGCAGUGGAACGAAGUGCAUUGGCCGUUUGAGGCCUCGUUGCAACUGCUGGACUUGCCGUCGUACUCGUGGAAUGAGAAGAGAUACUGGAUCCAAUAUCGCGGCACGUGGGUGCUCACUAAGGGCAAGGAGAUCAACCAGCCGGUGCCAUCUUCAGCGGUGUCGACCUUGACGACCUCAUCUAUUCAUCAGGUCCUUCAAGAGGAUGUCACUGGCUCUACAGCGACCUUUGUGGCUCGGUCGAACCUUAUGCACCCUGACCUUUUCGAGGCCGCAAAUGGACACCGGAUGAACGAUUGCGGUGUUGCCACAUCGUCUAUCCACGGUGACAUUGCCUUCACCAUCGCCGACCACCUCUACAAGAAGAUCACCAACACGUCUGCCCCAGGAAUCAAUGUCACCAAUUUAACCGUCCUGCAAGGUCUCGUCGCACAGAAGUUCUCCAAGGUCGAUCAACUCUUCGAACUCCGUGCCACUGCCGACCUCACCACCUCCCCAGCAACCACAACCAUUCACUGGUACAACGUAAACGACGGCAUAACAAACCCGGAACAUUUCGCCUCUGCGGUCGUCGAAUACGGCGACGCGAACGUCUGGCUCUCGCAAUGGCGCCGCCUGUCCCAUCUGGUCAAGAGCCGUAUCACUUCCCUUGAGCGCAUGGCCUCCGAGGGCACCGCUGCCGUCCUCCCGCGCAACAUGGCCUACCGCCUCUUCAACAACCUCGUUGACUACGCUGACAAAUACCGCGGCAUCCAGUCCACCAUCAUGCACGAGUACGAGGCCAUGGCGAAUGUCACCCUCACAACCCAGGGAACGGGAACAUGGACCGUGCCACCAUAUUUCACCGACCCCGUGGCACAUCUCGCUGGACUUAUCAUGAACGGUAGUGAUGCGUCCAACACGAUUGACUACUUCUACGUGACGCCAGGAUGGGCGGGAUUGCGGUUUGCAAAACCGUUGGUGAAGGGUGGAAAAUAUCAGUCGUAUGUGCAGAUGACGCCGAUCGAAGGACAGGCUGGGUUCUGGAAUGGAGACGUGUAUGUGCUGCAGGAUGGAGAGAUUAUUGGGCUGGUUGAGAAAAUUACAUUCCGGCGGUUCCCGAGGAGCUUACUGCCUACGUUCUUCUCGCCUCCUGAUGUGGCUAAGCCAUUGCAUGCUGCUGCUCCGGCUAAGCCGGCUAAGCCGGCUGCUCCUGCAGCUCCUGCACCAGUGCCUGCUCCUGCUCCUGUUGAAGCACCCAAGCCAGCUGCUCCAGCACCUGCCCCUACUGCCAAACCGGCAGAACCAACCCCGGCCGCGGCACCGGCGGCAGCGCAAAACCCGACAAUAACCAGCGCCCUCGACCUUAUCGCUAAAGAAACCGCACUGGAGCAGUCCCAACUCACGGAUGACGCGGCUUUUGCUACCCUUGGUGUCGACUCGCUCAUGUCCCUUGUGUUGGCAGAGAAGUUCACGAGCCAGUUAGGUAUUGAGGUGAAGAGUUCUAUCUUCAUGGAGUGUGAAACGGUGGGAGAGUUGAAGACGUAUAUUGAGGAGACCUUUUGUUGACUUUGUUUUCUUUUGUUUGGUUUGUUCCGGUUCUGCUCUCGAUGGGUUUGGUAAUUUAAAUUGCUUAGAUGGUAAUUAUCCU